GUCGUCGGUAAGUUUUCGUCACAACUGCCUACCUUUUUUGUAGUGGUCACAGCUGCCACUGUGACUCAAAUUCCUGAUCUCAAUACCCUAGGCAUCUCAAUGGUGCGUAUUGACUUUGCGCCAUGGAGUAUCAAUCCUCCUAACAGUCUCCCAAGAGCCACCGAAAUUCUCACUAUCAUUGAAGACUCUCUGGAAGUCGGAUUCUUCACAUCAGACCUUGAUAGUCACCUUAUCUCAAAGAUUCUCUUCGUGUUUCCAAUAGGGUUGAUUCACUUCCAACGCAACGUUGGGCAUGCUAAUGUUGUGGCCAUUGCUGCACUAAGCAGCCAAAACCCAGGAGUUAUCACUAUAGCUAACUCCAUCUUUGGGUCAAAGCCAGACAUUUCUACCGACAUUCUUGCAAAGACAUUCCAAGUGGACAAAAGCAUUGUGGAGCAAAUCCAAUCGAAGUUCUAG